GGCCAAUGUUAUAUUAUAUCUGAUUACUGUGUUAAGUUAUGAUUUUAAUAUUUUAAAAUUAAAUCUCACCUUUCACAGAGACAUGGAUGCAAACCGUGAAUUCUGGGCUGGAUUCAUCGAUCUCUACCAGGCCAAUGAGUGCUUGUGGCGUGUGGGAACAAGGGAUUACGCCAACAGAGGAAAGAAAAAUCUGGCAUACCAGCAAUUGGCCAGGUACAGCCUUGCCCAAGAUAGUGGUGCCGACAUCAAGUGGGUGAAGAGGAAGAUCCAGAAUCUGAGGACAGUAUUUCUUAAGGAGCACAGGAAAUACAAAGAUUCCCAACGUUCAGGAGCGGGGUCAGAUCAAGUCAAGAAGCCAACAUUAUGGUAUUAUGACUUGAUGAAGUUCGUAUUGGAUGAGGAGCCUUCGAGGACAGCGCGGAGCACGGAGGAGCCGAACACGCCCGAGAUGUUCGAGCCUGAGGAAGAGGAGAGUGUGGAUCCGCUGUCUUCGAGGGAGCUGGACGUGGAACCUGCAGUGGAUGAGCCGGCAGACCAAGCCACUGUAAGGCCGGAGCUGGAGGAGAGUGAGGCGGCGAUGGGAACACCCCAGCUUCCGGCUAGAAGGAGACGCCGGCCAGCUAUCCCUAGAAGAUCUGUCUCGUCCAGCAGGUCAGAUACAAUUCUGAGGAAGGCAGAGGAGGUCCUAAAAAACAGACCGGAUAGAUUUGAAGCUAUUGGAGACCAUUUAGCCUGUGAGUUGCGGGAGAUGAACCCCACUCAGCAAAAAUACGCCCAGCGUCUGGUAUAUGCCAUUAUAUAACAUGGCCAGGAUGAUGAAUUGACCAACCACAGUGGCGUUGUGUUAGAUUAAUAGAAGAA